CCAAGGAAGACUAUUUGUCUAUCUUCAGGCUCCUCAUCUUCUUGAUCAACCUCCAUUUUUAUUUUUUUUAUUUUUUUACCUCGAAUGGGCUGGUUCUGAAGAUGACCGGCAAGGGUGGAGUGUUCUCACCGGCGUGCAUCACGUUCUCCUUGGCUAUGCUUUUUGAGCUGAACUCGAAAACCAGGAGCCUGAGUCCCUGUUUGGAGGUAGUCCCAGGUCACUCAUACAGAUGCAUGGAGAUGAACCUCACUACUAUCCCUUCAGGUAUCCCAAACACCACCCAGACCUUGGACCUAAGUUUCAACCCACUGAAAACCCUGCACUCCAAUUAUUUCUCAGCCGUUUUUGCACUGAGAUUUCUGGACCUCGCUAGGUGUCAUCUUUGGAAGAUCGAGGACAAUGCCUUUAUGGGACUCAACAGCCUUUCGGUCUUGAUCCUGACAGGAAAUCCCCUCCAGAUCUUGGGACUGAGGGCUUUUCAUGGUCUACCUUCUUUGCAGAGGUUUGUUGCUGUCGAAACCAAUUUGUUCUCAUUGGGCACGUUGCCCAUCGGGCACUUGACGUCUCUCCAAGAGUUGAAUCUGAGCCACAACCACAUCGAUUCCUUGAAGCUCCCAGGCUAUUUCUCCUACCUAAUUUCACUCCAGCACCUGAACUUCCAAUUAAACAAGAUCUCCUCCAUCUCGGUAGGAGAUCUAGAUGCUUUAGCAAGCCCCAACUUGACGUUGGUGCUAUCUAGAAACGAUAUAAAACACAUUGAACGGAAGGCCUUUGCGGGACUUCACUUUCAGCAACUGGCUUUGAGAGGCUGCUUUGAGGAUAAAGUCAUUAUGCAAGCCAGCAUCCAGAACAUGUCCGGUUUGCAUGUCAACAGUUUAUUGUUAGGAGACUACAGAGAUAUUAGCAAAGUGGAAUCCAUCGACCAAAGCCUUUUAAAUGUCCUGUGUGACUUGUAUUUGCAGGAGCUCACUGUCAUUGAAAUGGACUCCCUAGAAACUGGAAGCACCCUCUCACCUUGUCUCAACAAUAUUUCCAGGGUGCGUGUGAUCCAUACUUAUUUCGGCGAAGACUUUAUGUUUCCAAGCAACUCCAAUAUUUCCCACCUUGAGUUCAAGAACUGCGGACUGGAUGCAGUCCCUGCUCAGAAUCUCCCUUCCUUAACAAAGCUAAGAGUGCUUCAGAUCACUCACACUAAAUAUCUCAGAGACUUUGAAAAGUAUUUUGAAGGCCUCCAAAACUUGGAGACCUUGGACCUCAGCGUUAACAGGCUGGACACUCACCUGUCCUGGGUUGAACUCCUGGAGGGCACUCCCAACCUGAAGCACUUGAACCUCAGCUUCAACACAAAAAUCAGGUUAGAAAUUGAAUGCAAUGGGCCAGGCAAGUUGGAAUAUUUGGAUUUCCAACACACGGCCCUCGCCUCACCUGGAACCGUUCCUUCGUUUUUCUGUCUCAACCAUCUGAUUUAUCUUGAUAUUUCUUACACGGAUACCACAGUUAUAUCUCAGUGUUCGUUUUGUGGCUUGCACAGCCUGCGUGUGCUCAAAAUGGCAGGCAACUGCUUUGCAAACAAUCAGUUGGUUGACAAUUUCCGGAAUCUCACCAAACUGCACUUUUUAGACAUUUCCAAUUGCCAACUCAAAUAUAUCUCUCUCAGCAGUUUAACCUCCCUCCAUGAACUCCGGCUGCUGAAUGUCAGCCAUAAUAAACUGCUAGGUCUCCACCCAGAGACUUACAUGAAUUUCCCUCUUCUCACCACCCUGGAUUUUCACAAUAACCAGUUGGCUGCUUUGACGGAGGAAGAUCUUAAGAACUUACCUGCUAGCCUGAAACACGUGGACCUCUCUGCAAAUCUUUUUGAUUGUUCUUGCGAUCAUGCACAUUUCUUGCGGUGGGUAAAAAACUCCUCAGCCCUUCUUCGAAAUGUCCAAAACAUGGUCUGCUAUAGCCCUUCAGACUUAAAAAAUGUGCAAGUGAUGGAUUUUGUCUUGGCGUCCUGUGAGAUCAGCACAACCACCGUGGCUGUUUCGGUGACUGUCGUUCUGGUUCUGAUUGUAAUCUUGAUUCUAUGUUAUAAAUAUUAUUUCUACCUUUACUAUAUCAUGGUGCUCUUCCUCGGAAACAAGUUCUCGGAGGAAAAGGAAACAGUCUACGAUGCCUUUGUGAUCUUCUCCAGUAAGGACCAGGAAUGGGUGAAACAAGAACUGCAGCAGCCUCUGGAAGAGGAAUUACCAUACUUCCACCUCUGUCUUUUCUACCGAGAUUUCAUCCCUGGAGUUUCCAUCAUUACCAACAUCAUCAAAGAAGGCUUCCAGAGCAGCCGAAAAGUCAUCGCUGUGGUCUCCGAUCACUUCCUGGAAAGCCGCUGGUGUAACUUCGAACUGGAAGUGGCUCAAUCGUGGCAAUUAGUGGAGAGCAAAGCCAGCCUCAUCUUAGUUGUCUUAGAUGGGGUCGACAAAGCAGCCCUCCAUCACAAACUGGGGUUGUUCCGUUACCUACGGAGAAACACCUUCUUGACCUGGAAGGACCGGGACCUCAGCCGCCAUGUCUUCUUAAGGCAGUUGAGGUCGGCCUUGCUUGAAGGCAAAACAUGGACGGAAGAUGAACUCAAGCUAAUGUUAAAAAAUGGGUGA